AAAUAAACCCCACUCGCCUUGCGCCUCCUGCCAUUAACACCAGAUCCUAGCCCGCCAUUAAUGCCGCUAACCCGAGCUCGAGAUUGAAGGAGAGGUGUGCGCGUGGAGCGCGACCACGACGACCACGACGCGCGCCGCCGUUUAUAAGCGCACGCCGCCCUCGGCUCCGGUCUCUUUCCGUCUGCUGCUGUCACUGUCACCGCGCGUCCGUGAGCUGAGCUCGGCGGCGCGUAGGCACCGACGCACCGGAGGGGAUGCUCACGUGCAUCGCGUGCUCGAAGCAGCAGCUCGCCAGCGGCGGGCCGCCGCCGCAGGAGCCGCCGGAGGACGAGGACCCCGUUGAUGGCGGCAUCGGCGGCGGCGCGGCGACUCCCAGCACGCGGCAUGCCAUCAGGGCGCUCACCGCCCAGAUCAAAGACAUGGCGUUGAAGGCGUCGGGGGCGUACCGGCACUGCAAGCCCUGCGCAGGCUCGGCGGCGGCGGCCUCGCGGCGGCACCACCCCUACCACCACCGCGGCGGCAGCGGCUUCGGGGGAUCCGACGCCGGCUCGGGAUCCGAGCGCUUCCACUACGCGUACCGGCACGCCGGGAGCUCGGCGGCCUCGACGCCGCGGCUGCGCGGCGGCGGCGCCGCCCUGUCAAGCGGGGAUGCCACGCCAUCCAUAAGCGUGCGCACCGACUUCCCCGCCGGUGACGAGGAGGACGACGAGAUGGCGUCAGAAGGUUGCGGCUCUGGCGGCAAGGAGGAGGACGCGAAGGAGUGGGUGGCACAGGUGGAGCCCGGCGUGCUCAUCACCUUCGUCUCACUGGCGCAAGGUGGCAACGACCUCAAACGAAUUCGGUUCAGCCGUGAGAUGUUCAACAAAUGGCAAGCACAAAGGUGGUGGGCUGAAAAUUAUGACAAAGUUAUGGAACUUUACAAUGUCCAGAAGUUUAACCAAACAGUCCCUCUCCCCACUACUCCAAAAUCUGAAGAUGAGAGCUCCAAGGAAGACAUUCCGGUAACACCGCCGCUGGACAAGGAGAGACUACCUCGAACUUUCCGUAGACCAAUGUCAAGUGGUGGAGUGAUGGGCUACUCUUCAUCAGAUUCUCUCGAGCAUCACUCGAACCACUACUGUAAUGGCCACCACCACCACCAUCAUGGACACCAAUGCUGUGACUCAAUGGGCUUGGCAUCAACACCAAAGUUGUCAAGUAUCAGUGGAGCCAAGACAGAGACCUCAUCGAUGGAUGCAUCAACGAGGACAAGCUCGUCUCCUGAAGAGGUCGACAGAUCAGGUGAGCUCUCGGUGUCCAUCAGCAAUGCAAGCGACCAGGAGAGGGAGUGGGUUGAGGAAGAUGAGCCUGGUGUAUAUAUUACCAUCCGGGCUUUGCCUGGUGGCAUCAGGGAACUUCGGCGCGUUCGAUUCAGCCGGGAGAAGUUCAGCGAGAUGCAUGCCAGGCUAUGGUGGGAGGAGAACCGAGCGAGGAUACACAAACAGUACCUCUGAGAAGAAACGCCCAUCAGCAUCAGAACAAACACCGAAAACUGCUUCUUCAGCUGAGCUGAUAAUCCAUGCUUGUACAUCUGGCACUAACACUUCUCUAUCUGUGGUCUGAUUGUGUAUUUCGACCUUUGUUUGAUGCUUCUACUAACCUAGGAUCCCCAUUCCCGGUAAUCCACAUGUUCUCUCAAUCUUUUCACGGUUUUCUCUUCAGUUUUGAACAGGCAGUUUGUGUGAGGAACUCAUUUAGCUCAAAAGGGUGCUUUAGCCUAGGAAAAUAAAAUGUAUGUCGUCACUCCUGAACCUGUAGUUUCCGGCAACCAAAGGCCUGUUUUGAUUGUCA